UGAUGAUUUUGCUUCUCUCAUUUUAACCAACUUCUAGUCGUAAAACGAUUUGUUUGUCGUAAAGGAGUGGUUGUCACAGUAACAGAGAAGUACCAUAAUGGCGACUGGAGAUGAACGUGCUGCUGGGGAGAUCUUAAAAGCAUUGGCUCGGCAUUUUAACUGUUUAAAUGAAGACAACAAAAGCACAAGAAAACGUGCCCUCGAGACAAUUAAGAAAGAAACAAUCGACAAGGGCUUGUCAAGCGUGGUUUUACAGGAGAUUUUCGCGAGUCUCCUGAAAUCGCUCUUGAAAUGCCUCUCCGACCCUAUGGAAAGAUGCAGAGAACUUGCCAUUCAAAUGAUUGGAGAUUUCAUUCGUUGUGUUCCACAACCAGAGGAGUCCUUGCCUUAUCUAAUGCCUGCUCUCUCUCAGAGACUAGGUGGAAAAGAAAUCUUGGAACCAGCGGAGGAGUUACGAUUGUCCAUGCUUGAAGUGAUUUCUCUAACUGUGGAAGUAUGUGGGAAACGACUUGUUCCGUAUAUUGACGAUAUGGUGAAGAUUUUAGAACGAACAAUCGUGGACCCAUUCCCAGAUGCGAAAAGAGAAAGCUGUAAAUGUACCAUCAGUUUUGCCAAAACAGUCCCAGAGCAUUUCCACAUGCAGGCAGAGAGUCUGGUUAAGCCACUGAUGCAGACCAUCGCGCAUCAGCACUCGCGUGUGCGGGUCGCAGUCAUUGAGGCCACAGGUGCCGUCAUCCAGCACGGCACUGGCAAGAAUGUGGACGACGUGUUGUCCCACCUGGCUCAGAGACUGUUCGAUAACUCCCCACAAGUUCGAAAGGCUGUGACUCUGGUGGUUGGCGAUUGGCUGCUGAACCUUAGGGAUCGAUACUCCUAUUUCCACAAGCUCAUCCCUCUCCUCCUCAGCUCCUACCACGAUGAAAUCCCUGAGAUCAGUCAGAUGACAGCAGACCUGUGGAGGCAAGUCGGGGCUCAGUGGGAGAGGGAGAACGAGGACGAUCUGAAGGACAAGAUGGACUUCCUGCUGACACCCCCAGCGCUCUACCCCCCCGGAGUGGAGCGUCCUGGGCUGGGCUGCAGGGAGCUGGUGGUGAGGAACCUGUCUCGCCUGAUGCCGGCGGUGAGCAGGGACAUGGGCGACUGGCUGGUGGGGACGCGGGUGAAGACCGCCCAGCUGCUGGCGCUCCUGCUGCUGCACGCCGAGGACCACUGCACCCAGCACCUCCAGCCUCUCCUCAGCACACUGUACCACGCCUGCGCCGACCCCGAGAAGGAGGUCGUCAAACCUUCUCUGGGGUCGGCCCAGUUGCUGGGGACGUUUGUUGGUCCAGAGGCCUUGCUGAAGCUCCUGCUGGCUCACGUGGAGAGCGCCUCCUCCACCUCCCCCUCGGCCCCCUGGGUGCCCCUGAUGGUGCUGAGGGCGGCACUGCGGGGCAGCUCGGGCGAGGCACUCCACCCGCACCUCCAGAGGCUCGCCGACACGCUGGCCCUGCCUGAGGUGUGCCAGGAGACUCAGCAGGCUGUGUAUCUGGAGCAGGUGCUGGAGUGUGUGGACGCACUGCUGGAGGUGUGUGCUGGAGACUCCAUCAGCUCCGUCAGCCUGCAGCUGCUCAAGGUGCUCAUCAGCGUGGAGAGCCUGGCCUCAGAGGAGGAGAUCAGAGACCGGGUGGAGGUGUGUGUGAGGAGCCUGUGUGAGGUGCAGGGCGUGAGCGCGGUGUGUGAGGUGUACCGGCGGCACAUGUCGGCGCUGUUGGAGUGGCUGUCUCACACGCACCACAGCUGGACGGGCGGCAGCCUGCAGCGCACACAGCUGGAGGUGGCGCUGGUCCGCUCAGGCCCAGUGAUUGGGGAGUUCCUGCCGUUGCUGCUGCCCCUGCUCCAGAGCUGUCUGCAGCCCAGCCGAGACCCAGAGAUGAGGCUGCACCUCUUCACCAUGCUCUCCAAGAUGCUGCUCAACGCUCCACACACCCUGGACUCGCAGGGGCGCUUCCAUGAGCAUGUGGAUGUGUUUGUGUGUGAGUGUGUGCUUCCUAACCUGGUGUGGCAGGGCGGGCGUACGGCCGCUGCCAUCCGAACCUCGGCUCUCAGCUGCCUGUUGGCCCUGCUGACGGGGGGCGCCAUCGCCACACUGCAGCUGCUGUCGUUUGAGGACAGGCUGACUCCUCUGCUAGUCUCUGCUCUGGACGAGGACUCGCAGAUGUGCCGCCUCCUCGCCUGUCAAUCACUUAGCACUCUGUUAAAACUCACUGGAGCGGACCUGCAGCCAGACACACUCAAUAAGAUCUACCCAGAAGUGCUGAAGCGUGUGGAUGACGGUAAUGAGGAGGUGCGCGUGUCGGCUCUGAAGGCUCUGGGCGUCUGGCUCUCCUCUCUGGGUAAAAACUACAACUCCCAGAGUAACCAGCCACACCUGGAGUUCCUCUUUCAACAGCUCCUGCUCUACCUGGACGAUCCCGACUCCAGGGUGCAGGAAGCAACAUUUGAGGUGUUAAAAGCAGGAAGUGCUGUCCACCCGAGUCUGAUGCAAAAAGAAGUGGAGGGCGUGAGGGACAAACAGCGCUGCCCCAUCUACUGUGACAAGCUGCUUCAGCAUAUUCAGUCCGUUAGUUAAAAGGCACCAACAUAGGGGCAAAUUGUGAAAACAAAACCAAACAAUGCGAAUG